AAAAUAAAAAAAAUGACCACAAAAACUCAAAUCAGACGCAGCGGCAACAUCACCAGAAUUUUAAAAAUCCCAAUAAGUUUAAGCACCGUGAUCAAUUAAGCAACUGCACAAUGUACGGAGGCUCGAAGCUUGGCAGCGGUGGUGGUCGAGCAGUCCCCCCAAACAAGCGCAACUCAUUCCCGCCGCCGCCGCAGCAGCACCGGCUGAGCACGCCAUCGUCGGGGAACCGUCUUUCUCUGGGGUCCUCAGCCUCUCGCAACCGGACGGCUGGACCCAGUGGGGCCACGUCAUCAGGGGGUUCUAAAGCCGUUGAAGAAACGUUCAGCCUUGUUUCUGGGAACAAUCCGCUGGCUUUCGGAAUGAUUAUCCGACUGGCGCCGGAUUUGGUGAAGGAGAUUAGAAGAGUCGAGAGCCAAGGGCAGAUGGCGAGGAUUAAAUUUGAUUCAAUGGCUAACAACCCAAAUGGAAAUGUUAUUGAAGUAGGUGGUAAGGAAUUUAGGUUUACAUGGUCACGGGAUGGUGACCUCUGUGACAUUUAUGAGGAACAACAAAGUGGUGAAGAUGGAGAUGGUUUGCUUGUUGAAUCUGGGUGUGCUUGGCGCAAGGUGAAUGUUCAACGUAUCUUGGACGAGUCAACUGUGAACCAUGUAAAGAUGCGGUCUGAGGAAGCUGAGCGCAAGCUUAAACAACGCAAAGCCAUUGUCCUAGACCAUGGAAAUCCAUCCAUGAAGAGUCAAAUAAAGCAACUAGCUGCCGUUGAGGCCAAUCCUUGGAGGAUGCACUUUAAACGAAAAAAAGAACCUCCUCCAUUCAAAAAACAGAAAGUGGAAACGCUUCAAGCUAGUGGCCCCUCUAAAUCUACCAAUAAAUCUGGAGCACCAUCAUCUGUCAGUGGAUGCUUAGCUUCACCUUUGUCAUCUCCACCUGGGCAAUCUGGUGCUCCAGCAUCACCAGCUGGGACUGGAAUUAUUGUUAAGAAUCAUAUGAGCGUUGAAGAAAUUACACCUAUAAAGGUGAAGAAUAAAGAGAGUGCAUCCAACUCUGAGAAAGAAAUCACAAGUAAUAGUUAUAUCGUGCGAGAGACACCAGGCAGCAAAGGGUGUUCUGGAAAUCAAUCAACAGAUCUGAAGAAUAUGUUGAUUACUUUGCUGAUGGAGAAUCCCAAGGGGAUGAGCUUAAAGGCCUUGGAGAAAGCUAUUGGAGAUACUAGUCCUAAUUCUGUAGGGAAAAUAGAACUGAUCAUUAAAAAGAUUGCAACUUUACAAGCUCCAGGAAGGUAUUUCUUGAAACCAGGAGUCAAGUUGGGCAGCACCAAGAAACCUACUUCUGAAAGUGGAAGUUCCCCUGUAGAUAAUUGUCAGCAGACACCUGCUUCUGAUAACAUGCAUGGCGAGAAAGCUGCUUCAGGACCAAGCUUUGUGGAGGAAGUCCCAACUGCCGGCAAGGAGGAACAGUUUCAAUCAAACUCUAAACUUGGGGAAGAAACACUUGCAAUGGAGAAAACUGAUGUCCAACAGUUUUCACCAGGUUUGUUUAGUGAGAAAAAAGUCUCUGAUCAUAGCGAAGGGCAUCCAGCUAGCUCUAGUGAUAGUGGAAGUGACAGUGAUAGUGACAGUGGUAGCAGUGAUAGUGGAAGUGACAGUGGAAGCCACAGUAGAAGUAGAAGCAGAAGCAGAAGCAGAAGCCCUGUUGGAAGCGGGAGUGGUAAUAGCAGUGAUAGUGAAACUGAUGCAUCUUCCAACAGCAAAGAGGCAUCUGAUGAGGAUGUAGAUAUUAUGACUAGCGAUGAUGACAAAGAGUACAAGCAAAAAUUAUCUGCCUCUGAACAAGGUUGUCAACAUCGCCUAUACCAUGGAAAACAAGAUAAUGAUGGAUCUGAUGCAAUUGACAUUGAGGGGCAAGGAUCUGAUGCAAUUGACAUUGAAGGUGAGGGAUCUGAUGCCAUUGACAUUGAGAAAGGCUUGCCUGAUGAUGAACAAGAGGUUGAAAUGGCUGUGAAUACUGGUUUAUUUCCCAGCAGAGAAGCUGAAAAACCAGUGGAAAGGACAACAUCCUUAAUUGAAGAUAAUGAACUUCAAGAGUGCCAAAAUUUUAUAGGAAAUUUAUUUGAUGAUAAUGAACUUAUUGUCAAGAACAGCCUCAGGAGUGAGAGGUCUAAAAGCCCUGAAAAGAAAUUGAAAAACAAAUCCAAGAGGGGCCCUGAUUUGAAGCACAGUGAUGAGAUGUCUGAUCAUUCUAAAAGGUCCAAAGCUGAUAGUUCAUUUAGACUCCCUAUAUCUGUGGUUAGGGAUCCCCAGUUCCCUGACAGUCCUCUCAAUUCAUCACCUAAUAGAUCUACUGAAGACCCUUAUAAGGGCCCCACAGUGCAGAUGAUGAAUAGAGAUGACAGGGAGGGUAGUGCUGAUUUUGGCUUCCAAAAGGGCUACAAUCAGGAUUUUUCUGUGAAACGUGGUUCUGAUUUUCAGCAGUCAAGUCGAAAGUCUUUUGAUAAAAGUCUUGAUAAAAGUGCACGAUCAAAGGCUCAUGAUACAGCAGAGAGACCAAAUAAACAUGAUCAAAAGUUUUCUGGAAAGAAUUAUCAGGUGUAUGAUGGCUUUCCCCUAAGAGAAAAAACUUCUAGGGAGACUCAAAAUGAGGAUGGUUUCAAAAAGGUGAAAAAGGGGCCUAGAAAUCCUAGGGAAGGUGGUCCCGGAACAAAAAAUUCAGUGCCACUUGAUUCCAAUUAUGGAAAAUAUGGUGAAAUGCAUGGAAAAUUCAAUGAGACUGGACAGAUGGGAAAUGGAAGAAGCAACUUGCUACAUAGAGAGCAUUCAGACUUGGAAUUGGGUGAACUUCGUGAACCGUUGCAUGAGGAAGUGCUGUUUAAGAAGCAAUUUGAUAUGAAAGGUUCAUUUAAACAGUCAGAGAACAUGUCAAGCACUUCUGAUAACUGCAAUUCAGAUUUGAUUCCGGGAAAAUCUGUUGGAAAUCCCCCCCUGGACUCAGGGAAAACAUCUCCAUGCAAUCUCAGCAUUGAGGUUAAGAGGGCCCCAGAAAAUCGUAUUGAAGAUUGGACAAGAACACACCAUAGGCCCAUGCAACCUCAGCCACAAGGUCUUUCACGAGAAACCCAAUCAGUAAAGGAGAGUAAAACACAAACCUCUAAUUCUAUGGCAAACUUGGUUGAUGUGUGCAAGGAUGCAUUUUCAACAGAGAGCAAUGAUAUUGGUCGAAAGAGGAGGGAAUCUUCUUCAGAUGAAGACAAUUGUUCUUAUUACAAGUACGAAAAGGAUAAACCAGAGCUCAAGGGAACAAUUAAGGAUAUUUCUCAGUAUAAAGAAUAUAUGCAGGAGUAUCAUGAUAAGUACGAAAGUUACAUAUCUCUGAAUAAGACCCUAGAGAGCUGCAGGAAAAAGUUUAAUAAACUUGGAAAAGACCUUGAAUUUGCACAAGGUAGGGACAUGGAGAGAUAUUACAAGCUCUUGGGGCAGUUGAAGGUCUCUUAUCAUCAAUGUGGAGCGAAACAUAAAAGGUUAAAGAAAAUAUUCAUCGUGCUACAUGAAGAGCUAAAGCACCUUAAACAGAGUAUGAAAGACUUUGCAAUAUCGUUCAAUAAGGAUUGAAGAUUAAUAUUUCCUAUCACUGCAAGAUGAUCUACAGCAUGGCAAACCAGGUAAAGGGCAUUUUGCACCCUCGCCGUAAAAUUCCAAGAAGUUAUCUGUUUUUUAAUUCAAAAGGGAAUAAGGAAAAUUUAGGAUUAAAAGCUAUUCAAAUACUUACACCAAUGUACAUAGGCAGAAAUGAUUUUUCAGGUUAAUUACAUUAACCUUUUGUAAAGUUAGGCAAAAGAUAUGGGAAUCACCCUUGUAAGAUACGUUGGACUAACAGUGACAAUCAUAGUAGUGGUUGUAAUUUUUUAUAAUGGAAAAUUUUUCGCAAAGAAGAUCAUUAACAGAACAA